AUGGCGGCUGUGGGCAAGUUCGUGUUUGUCAACUAUACUGGCGAGCCGGAUGUUGAAGCCAAGCAAUCUUUGCCAACCGUAAGACAGCAUGUUAUGCAUGACUUUNUCCGGCGGCAAAGGGAGGCAGAUAACGGCGUUCCUCCAGAGGNNGAAGUUGCUGCGCCAGAGGUUUCAGCUGCUAAAUCAAAGGAACCCCGGCGGCGAAAUACCAACACUCGUCAGGCUGCGUCUCAGCCGCGCCCCAAGCGUUCCGUAAAAAGACCAUCACGAGCUCGCAAGGAUAAUCCUCAACUCCAUCGCCAGUCAUCUGCCUCGUCCACCGAACUGGUAUUUCUUCAAGAGUUCCCUGAAAGAACCUCUGCACCAUCCAGUCGGACUCCAUCUNUUGACGAGACUACUGAUUCAUCUCCACCUGGCUUCACCGACUCGGUUAGCUAUACCGAUUCAUCAUCGCCUUUAUUCUCAGUUGCACAUUCUGGUACUUCUCCGGACGUGUUUGAGGAGGCUUCGCCUCAAUCCACUUCCCUUGUCCAAAUCAACGCGCAAGCGUCGCCUGUCUUUNUCCAAGAAGACCAGUCUGCCCUACUUCAAGCACCGAAUCCCUUUCUGCAUAGUCCUGCUGUUCACCGUUGGGAUCCGUUUAAUACACUUCCCUUGAACGGCCUUGCUGUAGAUCAACUGGCAACCUGGCACUUCCAUCGCCCCAUCAACCGGANNAACAAUAUCUGGGAGAGUAAAGUCCUCUGGCUUGACAAAGUCGACAGCCACUUUAGAAGGGGUUUGUGGAGCAUCGCACUCACAAGCACACCGCUAUUUCAUAUUCUGCUGUGCAUUGCGGAGAUGAAACGCAGUGUUCUUACUGGAGAUCGAAAUCAAAUCAGCUACUUUGAACACAAGAUCGCUGCCAUGCGCGCAGUUUCACAGGGCGUCUCGAGGCUGUCUAGUCUUCNNCCUCAAUUCACGGGCAUGCAUGGCAUGGCUUUGCCUACGGACGACACCUCAGGUCUGGCAGAAACAUCAACAGAUACUUUCGUCAUGUUGGUGGCCAUCCAAGUAAACUUGGCUCUGGGCGACAAAGAGUAUGAUGCCGCAAAGACACAUAUGCGGUGCGUCAACGAUCUCGUCAACAAAGCUGGUGGUCUUCAAUCCUUCGGCUACACACAAUGGCGUCACACGAUUUGGAACGACUUGAAGCUAGCGUCUGCGCUCCUGGAGAGACCAAUGCUGGAAUAUGGCCUGCGAAUGGAGUCAAUCAAUGCUACCUUCCCUCCCGAGGUGAAUACUGAAGCUCACCGUCUAUCAUUGGAGACGAUACGCAUGAUUCCAACAUCAGGGACAUUGACAUCGGAAUUGUCGUAUGAUCUGUUCAACCGUCUCCAUCAACUGUGCCUGUCUUUUGACACCACAUUAAGUCAAGAGGAACAUUUCAUGGCUUUCGAAAACGCCCUAUACACUAUUGUGUACCAACUGUGCAACUCCAUUGCAGAUAGCCAGUCACAUACUGAAUGUAGCGCCACAGAUAUGUUGAUCUUAGGUGCUCAACUCAGUACUUGGACAUGCAUGCCCUCGCUGGUUAACAUGCGCGCACUCUUCAACACAGUCAUCAACACCAUCCAAUCAAAAUUAGUCUACCGCCUCUGGAAUGGCCUCAAGCCAGAUCUGAUCCUACAGUGGGAAUCAACCGCCAAGCUCGACUCGCUUCUUUGGGUCCUGUUCCAAGCAUCAUCUGCAGCCAUCAACGUUUGCUCGAGUGGCGAAACAUGGAUGCCGACCUACAUGUUGGAGUCUUUCCUGACGACUACCAGACAAGUAACUAUGAGAUUGCAGAUUCAUAGUCUGGCACACUUCGAGAGGACACUGAGAAGUUUCCCAUACAGCGAAAAUGUGUUUGGCGAUGAUUGCAAAAUGCUAUGGACACAAAUGGGAAUUGAUGAUAUUGGUAUGAUUGAUGGAAUGGUGUCUCCAAGCUCGAUGAUCGUUGAGGAAAUGUGA